AAAAGAAAAAAAAGGCAAACGCAUCUCUCCUGUCCUCUCCCCCUCUCCCCUCCGCAGAAACGGCAAGCUCCCGAAAUCCCCAAAUCGAAGGAGACAACCCGAGGCAAAGAAACUCUCUCGCGCACGACCGAGCCACUCUCCCUUCCUGCCGAGCCGUCCCAGCACGCGCCACCGUCGACCCGCCCGCCCGCCCGCUCGCUCGCUCAGCUCGCACGCCAGGGUUCGGCGUCCUGAGGCCCCGGGAGGAUCGCCGGCGAUGGACUGGAGCGCGGUGACGGCGGAGGACCUGGUGGACGCGCUGCGGGAGGUGGACUGGUCCACGCCGCCGCGCCCCGUACCGGAGUUCUUCUCCCGCUUCACCGUUCCCCGCUCCUACUCCAAGUGGACCAGCCGCCUCAAGUGCAACCUCUACUACUACAGGACAAACUACUUCAUCUUGAUCAUGUUUAUUCUUGGGAUGGGCUUCCUGUGGAAGCCAGUUGCUAUUCUUGCUGCUUUUAUGACUGGAAUCAGCAUUGCAUUUCUUAAUGACAGCUUUGCAGUCACUUUCAAUGAGAAAGUCACACGGACUGUCAGACAGUUCUCACCACAUUUAGCUGCAAAGAUGAGACCACCGAUAACCCCUGUUCUUCGUGGUCGACCAAGCUCGAAGAGAUCAAUUCAUAUUUGUGGGCGACCUCGCUGGUUGUUCGUCCUAUUAUUUUCUGCAGUUAGCUGCAUCCUUUGGUUGACAUCAUGCAGUCUCCUCACAGUUUCAUGGGCACUUCUUAUUGCUCUACUUGCAACUCUGCUUCAUGCCAGCUUCAGAACACCUAAUCUGAAAGCACGUCUUAAUACAUUCAGAGAGGAAUUCCGAGCAGUCUGGCGGAAUUAUAGUGAGCUUUAGAGCUCCUGCCGUUUCAUGUGAUAAGAAAACGUGCCUAGUGACUUCCCUGCUGUUUGCGAAUUGUGUUUGUGGGAUCUGAACGAAGGUGAUAUGCAGUUGCACUAUGUGAUCACUGGCUCAUUUGGUGAUGGACCUGGACGGCUCUAGGUCUAGGUAUACAGCCCUCUGUAUCACAAAUAAUUGUUCCUUCGGACUUAUCCCCAAUCAAGCUUUCGAGGAAGAAAAGCAUGUAAAGGAUGUAAACAUUAUGAUUUAGACAAAAGAAUAUGUUGUUUGUUGGUAUGCCUACUUCAUGUUCCAUCCCUACUUCAAACUAUUCUGGAUAGUGUCCACUAACUGCCGAUUGAGCUUUCCCCGUGACUGGUUAAGUUGUCUUGAGAUUUGAGAAUGUCGA